AUGGUCAUGAAACAGAUUCAGAACAGAUUUAUUUUUUAUUUACUAAAAGCAAUAUAUAUAUUUCAGGCUGAAAUAGACGCAGCCGGAGUGGGCGGUGGCGACACGGCAGCGGCUCCUGAAGCGCCUGACUCUGACGAUGAUAUGGGAGACCAUUAUGACGCCGGGGACUCUCCACAUCACAGUUGGGCGGGAUCUCCUGCGCCGGAGUGUCCCCCUUCCGAGGAUGCCGCUAUGCCGCCUCCACCACCGCCCGUGCAGCCCACGCUGCCCAUACCUAUGGAAGUAGAUGGGAUGGAGUCCCAACCGGAAAUAGAGCGGCCGGAAGAGCGUGCGGAGACACCUGCGCCUGCGCUCGAUUCUACUACUUUGCUACAAAACGAGGAAGAAUCCUUCGCUUUGGCUCCAGUUGAUGCUACUGUACUUAAAGGCAUCACGAAAACGAAACGCAAGCGUAAACUUAUAGUGGACGAAGUGAAGAACUUAACCGGUGAAGAGAUGAAGAACCAGUUAAGCAAUACAUCUGAUAUCGUGAUAACUCUGGAUCUGGCUCCUCCAACCAGGAGAUUGAUGCACUGGAAGGAAUCCGGGGGUGUUGAGAAAUUAUUCACAUUGUCCGCUAGGCCUAUACCUUCGAGGGUUCUGUUCAAGAAAUACCAACGCAACAUGAUUCUGCGCAGUGAAAACGAAGAUGGCGAUGCGAAGUCUCCGGAGCCCGAGCAGCCCGUGGCGAAGCCCCGAGGAAGGAAACGAAGGCACGAGGAGAUUAUCCACCACGCACCGGAAACACCUGCGCCGGCGCUUCUACCUGACAUACAGCCUCCGACUCCUGUGCCUCAAGAAUAUGAGCCUUCUAUUGAGUCAGAACGAGUGCCUGAACCCACUCCCGGAUACCUGUCACCGAGGUCUGAUGAUGAACCUCCUCUCACUCCAGGUAUGCUAAGCAGCAUCGGUGCCCCAUUGACUCCUGGAAUACUGGGCUCUCUGACACCUGGAACUCUUCUACAAGGCGGAAUCACGCCAGGUUCACUUGGACAUGGAGCAUUGACGCCAGGUGGCUUGACUCAUGGCGGCAUGACUCCAGCUGGUCUUCAUCAUGGCGACAACCAGCCGUUAGACCUUAACUUAACCUCCAGUGGAAUGACACCCUCGGCAUUGCACCAUGGCGGCAUGACUCCAGGAUUAGGUUUAGACAGUGGUAUGACCCCAGGGGGGCUAAGCCACGGAGGUCUUACACCUGCCGGUCUACAUCAUGGAGGAAUGACACCAGGUGGUUUGGAUCACGGAGGAAUGACGCCAGUUGGCCUACAACAUGGUGGAAUGACACCCGCUGGUUUACACCACGGAGGAAUGACACCGGCUGGUUUACACCAUGGAGGAAUGACACCGGCUGGUUUAGGACACGGCGGAAUGACGCCGGCGGGCUUGGUUCACGGUGGAAUGACUCCGGCAGGUUUAGGGCACGGUGGAAUGACCCCAGUGGGAUUGGGACACGGUGGAAUGACCCCAGCCGGUUUGGGUCACGGUGGAAUGACACCCGGUGGAUUGGGUCACGGAGGAAUGACACCAGCAGGAUUACAACACGGAGGAAUGACGCCGUCAGAUUUAAGACAUGGAGGAAUGACGCCUACAAGUGUACAGCACAGUGGUCUUUUGCACCCCAACUCAGAACUACCGAUGAUGCCCCAGGGUGGAUCCCACAACCCUCUUCUGGCCACCGCAGACCAUCUGCACUCUAUGAGCCGAGGGGACUACCAGAAUGGAUUGACGAAUUUAGGCUACGAUGACCAACAGGGUCAUAACAGUCCACAGCAUGAUUAUGACUUGCCUUUAAGUGUUGAGAAUCCGGAAGAGGGCAGAGACAGCGAAUGGCGUGAGGCGGGUGAGACAGACGAACAGUUCGAGGAGCGAGUGUUGAAUCGUCGUGCUGCGCAGCUCUUCUCCUUAAUGAAGCCUAAACUCAUUGGUGAAGCGAGCAUCAUGUUUGCAGAGCUUGCACCGAGGCAUAAUAAUAGGAAACAGGUUGCCCAGAAAUUCUACAGUUUACUAGUUCUCAAAAAGCAUCAAGUAUUGAAACUAGAACAGAACGAAACAUACGGACCCAUCACUAUAUCCCGGGGCACCCAGUUCGAAACGGAAGCACUAUAA